CCGAGCCGUCGGGACGCGCGGGCGCCGGGGGCCGCUGCGCUCCGCGCCGGGCUCGCUCCCUCCACGCGCGCGGCGCUUCCCUCUGCCGCGGGCUCCCCAGCAGUGCCGCUGCCGGCCCGGGGGGCUCCGCUGCGCAAAGCCCAGCACGCCCCCGGCAAGGAUUUGGAAGCAGGGAUGGAGAAGGAGCGCGGGACGCCGACCCAGUACGGAGCGCUGGAGUCGACCAGGUGGACAGCCGCGGAGCCGGCCGCAGAAAAGGACAUUGUUUCAAUGGCUGAUUCCACCACAACCAUUGAUGACAUAGAAGGGGAGCUCUUUAAAAUUGAGAGAAUAAGAGAGGUCCUCGUGCGAAGGGAGUCAGAGCUGAGAUACAUGAUGGAUGACAUUCAGCUUUGUAAAGAAAUCAGUCGGCUGAAAAAGGAGCUUCAGAAACUCAUUGCACUGCCAGAAACAGAGAAGUCUAACGAGGAGAAGCAGAAGGAGGAAGAGCUGGUACAGCAGAUACACAAGCUGGUGGAAACGCGGGAUUUCCUGGUGGACGACGUGGAAUUUGAAAGACUGAGGGAAAGAGAAGAAGACAAAGAAAUGGCUGAAUUCCUGAAAAGCAAGCUGUCCAAAAGCUAUCUCCAGAAAGCAACUCCCGCCAAAGAGAAGAAAAUGACUUCCAGAGGGCAGCAAACCUCCACGCCAUAUGUAACCAAAACAGGUCUUACCCUGCUAAAGGAGUGUUGUGGCUUUACCUGCUCCAUUAUGUAGACUGAUCCGGUGGCUCCUCUGCACAGAGCAAGAUCAUGGGACUCCAGGCAGAGUCUGCAGCUCCUGAGAGCUUCCACUUCCCAUCAUUGCUCAUGCUUCCCACCAUGGCACAAACACUAAAAGGACAUUUCUGAGCUGGCGGUUACAAGCGUAGACAUUGGCUUGUUUCUCAGUGCCACUUAAAAGGUAGUGUCCUUCAUGACAUCAGCAAACCACAGCUACCAACUGAUCUCAGCCUGGCAGAGGCUUGUGGAGCAACAGCAGAGGCACAUGCAAGGGAACGUCAGACAAACUGGAUCUGUCUGUAGCUUUUAAGCAAACAGAAUAAAAAGGGGACUUGGGAGAGUUUGCACUCGUUAAACAUCACACCCCUCACAUUUUGCAGUGCUCUGACAUGGCAACAGGGUGUCACAUUUACCUCCUGCUUCUUACCCAUUCCAUAGUUCAUCUCAAUGGGCUGGCUCGAAAGAACCCCUUCUAGGAAAAAGUCUCUGGUUUGGAUAUUGCGAAUGUACCAUUUUGCUGUCACACGUGUGAUGGCUGUGAAUGAUGCUCUGGGAAGGGUCAGAGUACAAAACCAAAAAGAGAAGUCCCGUGAGGACUAAUUUGUUAGAAGUGUAUAUUGUCAAUGAUGUGUUGCCUGAAUGCAGACCCUGAUGUGUUUAUAAAUUUACGGUAGGGAAAUUGGUUUCAAACCCAUUGAAACACUGCAUUCACAUUCCAGCCUCAGCACUGGGUCCAUGAUCCAGUUAGCAGAAAAAGGGGAAAAUAGAGGAAGGAAGAAGAAAAAAAAAAAAAAGAAAAACAUGGUGACAGCAGAGGAGAAAACAGAUAGGGAGUGGAGAGGAAAGGAGGAGAUAAAUAUGAGAUGAAAACUCCUAAUGAAAGCAGACAUAUUACUCAAAUUCUUCCCUCAGGCACAUCAGAACUGCCCUUCUAGGAUCAAUGGCGUGACUCAGAGGAGAAUUUGGCCCACAGACAAGUGGGACAGUUCAGUAUCUGGAGGGUCUCCUGUUUAAUAACUGACUCCCCAGUCUGCUUUAUGGCUGCCUAGGAAUAUGUCUGUUUUUAGCAUUAAAACAGCUUUACUGGAAAAAGAAUUCAGACUAAUCUGGUAAACCCAGAAACAUCAUUAGCCAAAGCCCUGAGCUCCAUGAAGUUCAUUUAGCCCUACUUUUGACCCCUUGUGUUCUAUACUUCCAUAGUACCCAUACAUCCAAAGUCAUUACUGCUGAGAGCUCAACAAGACAGUUGAUCUGCUAUUUUGUGGACAUCUAUGCCGCAGCGUUCUGCUUUUCAAGCUGACAUGGAUUCUUCCUCCAGACAUUUUGGGGUGGCACAUGGCUCUCUGUGAGCUGUAUUGCUCUUUGAUGCAUGGCAGGCCUUUAGCUCAGUUUUGCUGAAGCUCUCUGUAGGACUAUGAGAAGAAUUUCCUAUUUGGCCUGAUGUGUGACCAUCAGUCAUGGGUUUUCUGGUGGAAUGUGAAGCAAGGUGCUGGUGGACCACUGCCAUCAUUUCAUUUACUGUCCCAUGUAGCUGAUUACAGAAAAACCUUGUUAAUUUGGUAUCAGAGAGUUCAAAGUGUUGGAUACUUCAAAGCUAUGUCACUCCCAUAGCCAGAAGGAUAGGUUUUUCUAUGCAUUACUAUAUGCAUAAUAUGAUAGAUGUCUCCUUUGAAAUUCAAAGCUGUUUUCUGGUCCCUUGGACCAGGAAAACCUUGUUAAUUUGAAACACAAGGAACCAAAAAAUACCAACUUUGAAAUACUGUAAAUGGGAUCAAAAUAAGCAUACAGAUAGUAAUUUGCAUGUAUCCAAAUCACUAUGGGUAUGUACAGACUUAGGUCACCCAUGUGCAGACCUUACUAACUGAUAAGAAAAAAAAUGAAAUAUUAUCCCAGUGAUUGAUUAAGCAGAUGUCAUGGGAUGUAGCACAAGGAGUUCCUAAUAUAGACCAGCAGCAAUGAAAUAGGGCCCCUUUUUCUUCUGCUUGGAUGAAUCUAAGUGCAGAAGUGUCCCACUAACACCUCGCUUCCCCUCCCCGCCCCGGUUUCACCAACCCCCAAUCCUGCCCAUGAUUAUGUAUGUAGCUGGGGCUGCUGCCCCCACCUCCCACCCCUGCAGAUUUUGUUGUGCCCUGGCACCUGCUGUCCCAAGCCCUGAGCAGUCCACAUGCUCCUGUCCCCUCAGGCACUCGAUGGCCAGAGGGAAGGUGGGGUCUGCAUCCCCCCUGCUGUACAGUAUGCAGGCUGUGCACAACAGGCCUGGGGACCUCACUGCCAGGGCAAUCCCUGAAGGCUGGGAGUGCCCAAGGAGGCAGGAGUACACCGAGGGGCCAGGGCUUAGGACAGCAAGUGUCAGGGUGCAAGGGAGAAUGCAGGGAUGGGCGAUAGGGCAGCAGCCCCAUUUAUAUGCAAGAUUGGGGGCUGGAUCAGGGAUGGAUUCAUGGGACUGGAGAUGCCAAAUCCACAAGGGGUUUCCAUCGAUAGGUGGGAUCAAAGGUGAGAGGGGGGCAGUUGGCGGGACAGUUCCUUAAUUACAUUGAGCAAAAGAGAAAGGGUCCCUAGAUCAUUGCUGCUGGUCUACAUUAGGAACUCCUUGUGUUAUAGCCCCUGACAUCUGCAUAAUUAGUCCCUGGGAUAACUCCGCAUUUUGUUCAUAUCAUUUAGGUCCGUACAUGAGUGAAUGAAGUCUGUAGAUAUGGGUAGUAAUUUGCAUAUAUGCAAAUCACUAUUGGUUCAUUUAUUUGGAACCCAUUUAUUUUGAAGUCCAUAUUUUUUGGUCUCCUGUGUUUCGAAUUAAUGAGGUUUUACAAUAUAUUUUAUUUUAGUUGCACACAACAAUAGGGAACCCCCGCCCUCCCGCCCUCCCUCCCAGUUUUGAGUCCCUCCCAUAGUACACAGGGACCUGUUUUCUAACCUUCCUGAUGGGCUUCCUGUCUGCUUUUCCUGCUUGACUAAAUUCAUCUUUCUCUGAUUUAUACAGAGGUUUCCCUUUGUGUGCAGCCAGAAAAUCUCUAGAGCUUCAGAGCAAGGCACACCCUCAUAACCACAGGAGUGAAGCUCAAAGGGUUUAACAUGUUAGCUUGUUAUCUCUGAAAAUGUAACCCAGCUCCCCCUCAUGUUAUAUGUGAGUUGAGUCUGGCAUCUCCCUUAAUUAUUAGUUACUUAUUUAUUAGUGUAUAUUGGUGUCUACUGUAGUCACAGCCUGGUACUUGCUAGAGCAGCAGUUCUCAGUCUUUCUUGGCAUGCAGGUCCACUCCCAGGCUUGCCUUCCCACUUCUGGUGCAAGUUUGACUUUUACAGUUGAAUAUCCAUGGGGUUUGUGACCUCACCCAUAAGUGCUGUGAUUCCCUUGGGGUCACAACCCCUAGUUUGGGAACUGCUGUCCUAGAGUAUAGGACACUUUAAAUAAGUCUGCUCUACAAGCUGCAGAAUAGCGUAGAGUACUCUGCUGAUAAGCAGGCUGAGUUAACCCAUGUGGAGCUCUGUGUUGCCCCAGCCAGCCUUCACCCAGUAUCCCCAUACUAGCUCAUUGGCAGCUAGCUUGAGUAUCUGUGUCCAACGCUGAAGUGUGCCAUAUAGCAUUUUCAUCAUGCUACUGUCUCUGUUAGACAGUGAUUGCCCAGGUAGUGGUAGAGUAACACCAGAGGCCAUCCAGCCCUGAUAUGACUAGGAUUUAUGUUGCACUUUUGCCCCUGGAUCCCAGGAAACUGUCUCUAGCAAGCCUUGGGCCAUUCUCUGAUCCCUGUGGAUAAUAUGUCCUAUAGGCCUCCUAACUGCUCUCCCUUCACACACAUUCCUGAAUGUAGGUGUUGGUCUCCAUCUAUAAACCCUAAAAGAACAAGCCCUGAGAUCCUCCUUCACUCCAUGUAGGAUACCAUUGCAUCUGUGAUCAGCCUCAGCCUGAGUUAGUUGAUCUUUGGGACAGGGAGCUGCUUGGCAGGGCAGUCUCAGGAAGGGCCUGUCAAUUUGAAAUUCACUCCUCAACCUGGUUCAAAAUAUCCCAGAACUGUGGACUAUCAAGUAUGCUGCCAGAUCUAGAUGCGGGGUCAGGCAAUUGAGGUCAAAUGAAGGAGUGGGUUAGGAGGGGAAAUGGGAUUCUGAACUGUUCUGCAGUAUGUGAUUGUUGAUUGUACAUGUAUGCUUAUUUGUAGGGGGUGGUCAUGGUGCUCUUUGGGUCACUCAGUCAUAUUUCUAGUGUUUUUGUUAACAGAUGGCAAAAGCAGUAGCAUAAUUAGGGAUGGAUGUCAAUUUAGGGGGCAUUAGAAAGUUAUCCCCAGGGUGCUGCAGUACACACACACACACACACACACCCAUCUCCCCAUGUCACCAAAAUUCCUACUUACUCCUCUGGGCAGAGGUUUCCAUUGCAGGGGAAUUACGCUCUUUUAGGGGCAUCUGUUUCAUUGCAGAUAAAUGUGUGUCUGUUUUUAUAUUACAUUAACACUGGAUAGAAAUAGCUGUGUAAGAGCAGGGGGUUUAGAUGGGAUAUAAGCUAAAUUGCUCAGAAGAGCGGGAAGAUUUACUCUGUUUCAUACUGAAGUGCAUGAGUUCGGCCAGGUUUGCUGAUACUGCAAGAGAACAGAAUGAACCUCCACCAGUCAGUUAAGUAACAGUAUUUAUCUUUGUUUUUCAUAUUAUUUCUCUUGCAAAACACCUAAAAGGCACAAAAUUGACUCCAGGAUUUAAAAUCUUCUCAGUCAAGAAGUCCUGGACUCUUUUUUUUCAUAUGCUGCUCACACAUGAAUGCAGGUUCUCCAUCUCAGUGUCUCAGUUUCCAGAGGAGUGUUGGAGAAGGGUCUGGAUAAUGGCUAACUUGUGUUGUGGUUGUUAGAGUAUUGUGCUGGGAACUCAAACGCAUUGAAGGCAAACCCCCUCUGGGUAGGUAGACCUAUAACCUAGGUCUUCUGCUUAUUGGGCAAGUGCCCUCAGCUAUUGGAAUCACAUAUGGGAGGGCCCUUCUCCCCCCCUGCUGUUUCCAAGACUUACAUUCAGGUAUGUAUAUACCUAGCCAUGCACAUACCCAGCCAGUGUACAGCCUAUGGUGUAUGCUGAGCCUACACAUGCUUGCUUAUGUGUCCACACUGCAGGGGUAGUAGAAUCACACACUUUGCAUAGGUAGCAACAGCACGACUCACACAGUCAGGAAUCAGCCAUUUAGACACAACGGGGGGAAAAUAAAAUUCCGUCCCGUGUCCAGCUGUUCCUCCGAAUCGCAGGAGAGUGGAUCCAUCUUGAGGUUGAAGUGAACAAGUGCAGGGGGGAAGUUACUGAGGCACAAACAUGCUUUGCUUAAGUUCCAGGCCACAUCAGGCAGGACCUAUAUUUGGCUCAGCACCAUGAGAUGCUGAUUGGAGCUGUCAGCAUACAGUGGAAAUCUACUGCCUGACAGGUCUGCAAGCCCAGCUGCCAGUCACUCUGUAUGUGUGACUCACUUGCAAGAGACAGAUGUUUGCCUCCCCCACCCUUCAUUUCCAAGCAAGAUCAGCUGUGUUGGUAACCCUAGAGCUCACUGCAUUAGCGGCAGUGAUACUACUGAGAUCCUGUUACUUUAAUACUCUUCAUUCUAAUUCAGUGGUUCUCAAUUUGUGGUCUGUACAGAUUCACAAGCUCUGCUAGUGCUUUGCAGAAAGUGCGCAGGCUCCUCCCCUUUGUUUCCAUGAACUACAAUAAAUCAAAUGCUUCCCUCAUAUUAUAUACACAAUGAUUGAAUUUACCAUAGGUGAAAGAAAAUGGGAGGAGAGGUGGCCCUACAGCAGCUAAUCAGAGAAGGUCCUUUUAAUAGCUGAUAGGAGAGGUGCUUCUCACAGCCAACAGGUGAGCAGGUAGAUCCUGGGAUGGUGAAUGGGAGAGGAAUUGGCUCCUUCAGUAAAUGUAAGGACAGGCGUUGUGAUGUGAUGACAAGUAAAAACACAGGUAUCCACCAUACAGUGUCUAUGGAAAGAUGGGAGGCCCCAGGUUUAAGCAGUUUCUCAAGGAGUAGCUUUUGCUCUGUAGAGGGACAAUGUUCCGUUGCUCUUAGCAGCUGAGCACUUGUCACAGGUACUGAAACCAAACCAUAAGUGAAUGUGUUUGUGGCCAGUAUCUGAUUGCACGGCAGGUCAUGUGGGCUGCCUUUUUAGUCUACUCAUGCUGAACAAAGUAGACUAAAACUAGCCAGAAAUGAUCAGAGGAGAAUCCUCCCUGCACAGGGAAGCCCUCCACUGGUUUCUGCCCAGCUGCUUCUAUCACUGUCUUUGCCUAAAAGAAGGAAGAAGUGGGAUGCAAAGGGGAUGCAAAGGGGGCACGGCGAAGCAUCUAAAGGGGUAUAUCAUAGUUGAUCUCUGCUAGGCCUGAUUCUCCAUGGAUUCCCCACAGUUGUAUGGCCACGACCAAGCCUAAUGCCAAAGAUGCAAAUUAGAACUUCUUACUGUCUGUAAUUUGCAUCAGAGCCAGAUGACAUGGCAGCAGGGAGCUGCAGUGAAGUCCUUGCACUUUCCCCAUGCAGUGCAUCCAGGCAACAUGGAGACUGCAGCCCAGCCUGUGCAGAGAUAGUGCACUUCUCCUGGAUUUACUAAUAGUCAUUAAGUAUAUUCUGUUGCACCUGCUGUAAUGUGUGAGCACCUACAGUGCUUAAACCUUGGGCAGUUGCCAGUUGCUGACUUCAGUUGCCAGUUGCUUAACUGCUUUAAAACUGGAAAAUAAAUCUUAGCAAGCUACCCUGAGCAAAGAAAUAGUCUCCAAACUCAAAGUUUUGUUGCAGGCUUCUAUGUCCAAAGUCAGUGAAAAUCAAAUAGCUGUUCUCAGCCACAUAUCUCCUGGUGAGAGAGAUUACCAGCCACCAGUAUAAAUUUCAAUCUAGCAUUAUAAAAAGUGAAAAAAGGUUUUGAUCCCCUAACCCCAAAGAAGCUCACUGUUCUGUCCCUUACAAAGUGAAUUUAUGCAGAAUGAAGAUAUCACUCAGAUCCCAAGUGACAGACAGCCACAGUGAAAAGAGACAAAUACUUUGGAAGAGCAGUUGGUUACAAGCAAGGUGUUUGUCCCUGUGCUACUGGUUAUUUGCUCUGGCCUCCUUCUAGGUUGCCUAAGAGAUCAGAUUAUGUAUCCCUCACAAAAUACCUGUGUCAUGGACUUACAAAUGUGGCUUUGUACAGUCAAAGGUGUGUGAAUUGUUCUGUACAGCUGUUUCUCAAUAAAUGUAUUCUGUAUAGCA